AUGCGUUUUCAUCUGCUCCCAGCAGUGGUAUGGCUGGCCCUGCCUCACGCUAUUUUGGCACAGGAUCCAGUAGUCGGCGCCAUCCCCUUCGACCAGCUGCUAUCGGACCCGGCCGGUUUUGGGUUUGCGAAUCGGACUCCCAGUUUUGAUGCCCAGGUUCAAGAACUAGAACAGAUGGCGAAGGCGGGGAAUUUGGGUUUAGAUAAAUGCCAGAUCGCGUGUGCCCUCUUAGAGCUACUUGUUCCACCCAACGUUAGCUCUCCAGCCUCCCCUGACUACAAGCCAGUCAAAUACUGGUCCGUCCAACAAUCCGAAGUGAUCCCAGCAUGUCGAAUUGAUGUCGCCUCAGCACGGGACAUCUCCACCGCCAUCAAAGUAUCCAAGCUAACACAAUGUCCCUUUGCCGUCAAGGGCGGUGGCCACGUAGCAUUUGCGGGUGCAUCAAGCAUCCAAAAUGGGAUCUUGAUCAACCUGGCGAAUCUGAAUACUGUGUCUGUUAAUGAGGAUCGUACCAUAACGAGUGUGGGGUCCGGGAAUACGUGGAUUAAUGUGUAUAAGAUACUUGAUCCACUGGGCCUUUCUGUGGUAGGUGGUAGGGAAGCUAGUGUUGGUGUGGGAGGACUUACGCUAGGUGGUGGAAUAUCAUACUUUUCUGGCCGAUAUGGCUGGGCAUGUGAUAACGUGCUCAACUACGAAGUUGUCCUCGCCGAUGGUAGCAUUGUCAUUGCCUCCCCAACCUCUGAGCCUAACCUCUACUGGGCCCUGCGCGGCGGCUCAGGAACGAACUUUGGAAUCAUCUCCCGCUUCGAUCUCGCCACCUUCGAACAAGGCCCACUCUGGGGAGGCAGCAAAUACUACUCCAUCAUCUCCAAUGCUUCCCUCGCUGAGGCGUUCUCUAAAUUUGCGGUCGAUGCGCCGACAGAUGACUUUGCGCAUCUCUAUAUUGCGUUUGGCUAUGCGGAUUCGUUUGGCGGCUUUGCUGCUGUUUCGGGACCGACCUAUGGGAAGCCUGUAGCUGAUGCCCCAAUUUUUGAUGAGCUGAGCAAGAUUCCUGCGUUGAUUGAUGCAACUGGGCUUAAUAACAUAACCGCUUUGGCGAUAGCGCUCGAUCAAACCGCCUAUGUUAGGUUCAGAACGGUGACGUUCAAGAAUGAUGCAAACCUCAUCAAACAGCUAGUCCAGAUCUACGUGGAAGAAACAUCCACAGUACUAGAUAUCCCCGGUAUCCUUCCAUUCUUCUCCUUUCAACCAAUAUCCCUCAAUAUCAUCGAUAAGAUGAAGAAGAAUGGGGGAAACGUCCUAGGCCUUUCAGAGGCUGAUGGGCCCUUAGUUAUUAUGAACGUCAAUUGGGGAUGGUCGGAUGCUGCAGAUGAUGCCAGGAUCUCUGAUACAGUACUGAGGUUCUUUUCCCGAAGUAUAGCAUUGGCAAAAUCCAUGAGCUUGGAUCAUCGGUUUAUUUAUAUGAAUUAUGCGGGUCUUGAUCAGGGUGUAUUUGCGGGUUAUGGAGAACAUAAUCUUGGCAGACUGAAGGAUAUCCAAAAGAGGUACGAUCCCCACGGCGUGUUUACGAAAUUGCAGCCGGGGUAUUUUAAGCUUUGA